UUACCAGGAGCGUAGCCAGAAAUCUUCGUGGGUGAUUUGAGAUUUUUUAAAAAAAUUUUAAUACAUGGAAAAUGGAUUAAAAACGACUUAACAUUAAACUUUUGACAUUUUCUCUGAUGUUUGAAGGUUUUUUUUUUUGACAUUUGACGUUUCUUUUGUGAUGAUUGACGUUUCUUCUCUGGUUUUGACAUUUCUUUCCUAACAUUUGACGUGUGUUUUAAUUAUUUCAAUAUUCGACACUUAUUCUAACGCGUUUUAUAUAUUUUUUAAAGUUUAAUGAUAAUUUUCUAUGCUUAAAGUUACUCUUUCAACAUUUGACGAUUUUUUUUUAAAUAUUUGUCAUAUGCAUUUUUAAUUUUCUGAUUUUGAAGUUAUUUUUUAAAUAACUUUUUGAAGUUUGAUGUUUCUUUAAAAUAUUUGUUGUUUCUUAUCGAACAUUUGAAGUUACUUUUCUAACGUUUGACUUUUCAAAAGUUUGAUGUUUUUUAACAUGAUUGACGUUACUUUUUGGGCUCUGACGUUUCUAUUCUAUUGGCGUUUGUUUAAACAUCUGACGCAUCUUUUCUAAUGUUUCACAUAUUUUUAACGUCUGACGUUAAUUUAUAUGCUUGAAGAUUCUUUUUUAGUUUUUUUUUAAACGCUUGACAUUCCUUUUAAAAUAUGUAUUUGUCAUAUAUUUUUUUAACGUUUGAAAACUAACGUUUAAUAUAAUUUUUACCAUGAAAAUAAUUUCUUUUGACUUUUAUAGAAAUACCUGAAUUUCCAGAAUCUUUAGAAGGUGAUUAGACCCCCAAAUACCCAUCUUGGCUACGCCCCUGGGAGCUCUAUAUUUUUAUCCACGUAACACCUACUUCUUUGGGGAUCAAAUAACUGUGAACUGAACUCCAAUAAAUGUUGGAAAUUGAAAGAACUUUUCAAGUUAAUUCGCAGAAUGUCCAUCAAGUUUCUUACAAUAUUUAAAGCAAAUCCAAUUAAUUAUUCAAUUUGACUAAUCGAUGUCCUUUUUGUGACAAAGAAAAUCCUCCACUAUGAUGGACAGGACAAUCCUCUAUUCUUCCGUACAACACCGGAAAACUUUCAGGCGGAUGACACAGCUUAUUUUCUUUGCUUAAUUAUAAAAGCAUGCAAGAAGUUCCGGUGAGAGUCUUUCUGUUAUAGUGCACAGGAAGGGAAUUAGCAAAAUGCCCCAAAAGGUUGUCGAUGUAAUGCCAAAAGGAUGGCAAAAGAAAAUCUUCCUUGAUGAAUUUGCCACUGUGAAAGUGAAAAAGUCCAAUGCUGGGGGAUUUAAUGCGGGCUUUCAUGAGUGCAUGCGACCUGUUGUUUUUGUUGGGCAGUGCGCUUCGCUGUUUCCGAUAAAAGGGAAGAAUUUGGAGGAUCUUGAGUGCUCUAUUGUGUCCUUUAGGAUGCUUUAUGCGUGCAGCAUUUGCCUAGCAAUGCUGGUGAUGUGUCUGCUAUCGCUUAAAAAGCUCAUAAGCAUUAGUUUGGCCUAUGAGAAACUUGUCACAGUGAUUUACUACUCCCUCCUCUUUUGGGCAUGUGUCCACUUCAUCCGUAUGGCGAGACAUUGGCCACAGCUUAUGCGACGAUGGGCAGAAGUUGAACGUUCCCUGCCACAGUGUGAGCAUUUGUGCAAUAAAAUCUCCACAAAGAGAAAGCUCCUCAUUCUUGUUAUCUCUGUGACAAUUCUCACGAUGAUUGAAGAAACUUUCAGCAUCAUUUCGGGGAUUACAAAGGCAAAGGGUUGCAUUGGAAUUUGGGAUUCAGUUGAGCGAUACUUCAAGCAAUCCUUUCCACAAAUCUUUUCUCUUGUUGAAUACCACGAAACAGCGGCAAUUUUGGCGCAAAUUGUUCAGCUGUACUCAACAUUCAUCUGGAACUUCCUGGACAUGUUUGUCAUGACAAUCAGUAUUGGUUUAUCGUCCGUUGUGAGGCAAUUUAACGUACGAUUGAGCUUUGCUGAAGGAAAAAAUAUGCCUGCAUCCUUCUGGGCACAGCAGAAGAGGGACUACCAAUUGGUGUGUAGCCUUGUUGAAAUGAUGGACUCUGCCAUUGCUCAUGUAACUGUCCAGGCGUUCUUUUCCAAUCUCUACUACAUUUGUGUUCAGCUCCUUAACAGCGUUAAUAAUAUGGAACCGUGGACUUAUAGCGUUUACUACUGGUUCUCACUCUUUUACCUAAUUGCCCGAACAGUUGGGAUGUGCCUCUUUGGUGCAGAAGUUCACACUGAAGCCAAAAAACCCGCCGCAGUGCUUCGAAAAAUUCCCUCCGAAGGAUGGAAUGUGGAAGCUGAACGUUUCCUGGAACUCGUAACUAAUUCCUGCGCCUCCCUCACUGGGAAUGGAUACUUUUUCGUCACUAAACCCUUUCUGCUUUCGCUCACAGGAACAAUUGUGACCUACGAGCUUGUCCUCAUGCAAUUCAAUGAACAAGGCACAUUGGACUCACCAACAAUAGCAUUAAAUGGUGGUAAAUGUGCAAGUGAAGUAGGUGCAGCAAUUCCAGGAGAUUCUGGCGACGCAAUGGGCAUAGGAGCUUCGCGAAAAUUAGCAAAGAUGAAGAUACAGCGAAGGAAUGCGUGGCAGGAGAAAUUCAAACUCUCCCGGAAGCCAACGAAUAUUGGUCAUGUUAAAACAAUAAGAUUUCUUACACCCGUUGUAAGUUCAUCAUCAAUUGAACCUCUAGCAAAACGUCCCAUUGAGACAUUCGGGAAGAAACCCAUAGAUGUUGUCUAUGUUGAUGGCCUGAAGAAAGACUCCCAAUGGAGCUAUGAUGGUAGUUUCCAUCAGGCCAUAAUGAGAAUUCAAGUUAUAGCACAAUUCUUUGGAGUCCUACCGGUGAUUGGAAUUACCUCGAAGAAUCCCAGCCAUAUGAGUUUUUCCUGGUUGAGCUUGAGGACAAUUUACAGCAUUAUUAUCGUCAUUGUGACUGGAUUUCAGGCAGCAAUUACAGUCUAUCACAGUUUCAGUUCUAAAAUUGAAUUUGCAAAGACAGUUCCGGUGAUUUUCUAUGGAUCCAAUUUCUAUGUUAUUUUUGCAUUUAUAAUGCUGGCACGGAAGUGGCCAGAUCUCAUGGAGGCAUGGAAGAGAAGUGAGACGUGUUUUAAUGGAUUCCAAACAACUUUGGAGAAGCGAUAUCUUCGACGGAGGAUUGCAAUGAUUGCAAUUACUGUCUGUGUUCUAUCUUUGACUGAGCACUUCCUUUCGCUGGCAACUCUCGUGCAUUGGGCUAAAGUUUGUCCGGACAAGGAUGACUAUUUAACAGCAGUAUUCAAGCAGGAAUUUACUCAAUUAUUCUCCAUUACAUCCUACAGCCUGGAAAAGGCUAUUGUGGCUCAGUUUAUAAAUACUAUUUGUACCUUUGUGUGGAGCUACAUGGAUUGCUUCGUGAUGAUUGUCAGUGUGGGAUUGUCCACGGGAUUCAAGAAGAUCAAUAGCGAACUGGUGGCGUACAAAGGGAAGGCAAUGUCUGAGGAAUUCUGGGAAGCACAUCGGACAGCCUAUCGCGGGAUGUGUGAUCUCUGUGAGUUUGUGGACAAUCACAUUAAUCGCAUAACACUUGUAUGUUUCUCCAACAAUCUCUUCUUCAUCUGUGUUCAGCUUCUGAACAGUUUAAAUCCAAAAGAUUCUCUCACCCACACCAUUUACUUCUGGUUCUCGCUCAUCUUCCUCAUUGCUCGCACAUUGGCUGUCUCUCUGUAUGCUGCAGAGGUCAAUGAAGAGGCCAAAGUACCUAUUCACGUCUUGCGUGUUGUUCCGCGUGAAUCCUGGUUUUUGGAAGUGAAGCGUUUCUAUGAGGAGGUCACCAAUGAUACAACAGCCUUGUCUGGCAUGAAGUUUUUCUUCCUCACACGGCGACUAGUGCUCAGUGUAGCCGGAACCAUUGUAACGUACGAAUUGGUGUUGCUGCAAUUCCAUCAGGAUGAGGAGUUGGAGAAUAAGGACCCAUGUGGUCCCAUUGUAAUGGCAUAAAUCACGUCGUCGAGGUCGUUGAAAGGGGAAGAUGAGAUGUGCUGCUUAUAGAGCGGAGGGAUGGCAGUGACUUUCUCCACACAAAUCCACCGCAUAAAAUGAAUUGACCUUUUACCCAGCUGCGCCACGACGACUCCCAAUUAAGUGGAAUUAGAGCAUAAAGUGCUUCAGUGGAAACAACAUCAUUGAACUGUUCCCGCCCACAAGUCACAAAAUUGAUCGCGAUCUUAUAAUUUUUGAAAAUGGAGUUGAAAUUGUCUGUGCAGAUUUCUUUCACAUAGAUAAGAUUGAAGAUCACGGUGAGCACAUCUAUGUUGUUUGCUACCCAUUUAGUGGGGGUGUGUAAAUGUUCUGUGAAAUAUAUUUUAUGAG